UGACAAAAUACCGUUUUAUGAACUGUCGCUUUUUUACACGACACCCCAGUCCAAGUACUCAAGAAGCCUUUGUGCUAGCAAUGAAUGAACGCACAGGCUCCGAUUCAGCUUCUUCCAAGAACCAAAGAUGAAAGUGUCAUCCUCUUUUAUCCCUCUCAACUUGCAGACACUGACUUUGCAGAAUGUCCUUCCACAACAUCUAGUAGAUGCAGAUAUGGGGGAAGAAGGAGAAGCAGCAGGAGUUCAUAGACAAUCGCUCCAAGAACAGAGUUGCCGAGAAUUGGCCACGCUGAACCCCACCCGCAAGCAGGCCAUCGAGUCGGUUUCUUCGUUGGCCUCCCUGUCUCGCUCGAUCAAAGUCUUCGCUGUGAAAUGGCAACUCAUUCGGAGCAAGCUCAUGGAGAUGUCUUCUGCAUUGGCCGUCUCUGAUGAGGGGGAUGAGCUCUCAGGCAUGGUUCAAGAAACGAUGGUCACGGUCGGGGAAUGUCAUGGCCUUGCCGAGAAAUGCAUGGCUGGUUCCUACGGUGGGAAGCUGUUGAUGCAGAGCAAUUUGGACAUGGUCUUGACGAAGCUGCAUUGCCAUGUCAAGAAUCUCUCUGGGAUGUGCAAUGCCGGUUCUUUUCCUCAUGGGUAUGCCAUUGUUGUCUCAAAGCCGAGGUUUGGGGCUCGUAAGGAGCACAUGAGGUUUUAUGUUAAGGAUUUGUUGACAAGGAUGAAGAUUGAGGAUGACCCAGAAAUAAAGAGGCAAGCUCUGGCUAGUUUGCACGAAGUUGCUAGUGAAGAUGAGAAAUUUGUGAAGGUGGUCAUGGAAGUUGGGGAGAUCAUUCACCUCUUGGUCAGCUUUCUUGAUUCUCUGGAGGUGGAAGUUCAAGAAGAGGCUGCAAGAGUGCUCUCAGUGGUUGCAGGGUUCGAUUCAUACAGGGGUGUGGUGAUUGGCGCAGGGAUUGUUGGUCCACUGGUUAGGAUUUUGGAGUGCGGCAGCGACGCAGGCAAAGAACUUUCUGCAAGGUGUUUGAUGAAAUUGACUGCUGAUCCAGAGAUUGCAUGGAGGGUCUCCGCUCAUGGCGGUGUCACAGCUCUGUUGAGAAUAUGUUCUUCUAGCACCGACUUUACCAAGGCAGAGUUGAUUUGCUCUGCUUGUGGGGUGCUGCGGAAUCUCGCCGGGGUUUUGGAGAUCAAGAGGUUCAUGCUUGAAGAAGGCGUGAUUUCAGUGCUCCUCAGGCAAGCAAGUUCUAAAGAUGAGACCGUGCAGAUUAGUUCAAUCGAGUUCCUGCAAGAUUUUGUCUCAGGGGAUGAUUUCUUAAGGCGAAUGGUCAUUGAAGAAGGCGGACUUCACGCCCUAUUGCGCCUUCUCAAUCCGCUAUCAUCGUCUCCGUCAUCUUCCAAAGCACUGGAGGUAGCUUUCAGGGCAAUCGAAGAUCUCUGUUUCUCUUCGGAGACUGGUGUCAAAAUGCUGUUGAACCACGGGUUCGCGGAAGUCCUAGUCUGCUUCCUCCGCGCCCGCGAGUCCUCGGUCCAAGAACUGGCCUUCAAGGCGGCAUUCAAGCUGAUCAGGACGUUGUCAUCGGAAGAUGCUAAGAGGGCUCUAGGUGACGCUGGCUUCAUGUCGGAGAUCGUCCGGUUCCUCGACGCAAAGUCGUGGGUCCGCGAAAUGGCGGCCGAGGCGCUUUCUAGCAUGGUGUCGAUCCCAAAGAACAGGAAGAGGUUCGCUCAAGACGAGCAGAACAUGGAAUUCCUAAUGCGUUUGCUCGAGACAGAGGUGGAGCCUUCAGCUAGGAGAAAGUUCUUGCUGUCUGCAUUGAUGUCGUUGACAAGCUGUGGCAGUGGAAGGAAGAAGAUUGCCAAUUCUGGGUGUUUGAAGACCAUAGAGAAUCUGGCAGAGAACGAGGUUCCCGAUGCUAAGAGGCUUGUGAGGAAGCUGUCCACAAACAAAUUCCGUAGCAUGUUGAGUGGAAUUUGGCAUGCUUGAAUCCAAGAACAUAUCCAUUUCCACUUUGUAUAGUUUCGCAUCUUUUCUAUGUUUAGUAAACUUGUUCUUGCUUAAA